UACACAAUCUUCACGCGGCCGCGGUUCUUGCGAAUCCUGCGAUCAGCAAGAUCAAGAGUUGUUUUUCCCGGUCAAGUCCCCCGUACACAGCUAGCUAGCUAGACUGUCGCGCGCGGUUUUGUCAACUAUCUCUGUUGACGUCUUCGGUUGCACUUCAUCAUACCUUCAAGCUUCAUACCUUGGAAAGUUUGGAAAUCGUUAAUCUUAUUUUUCUACAAAGUACAAGUCGAAUUCUAGACUGCUAAGUACAGAACUCAAAUCUUCAAGUAUAUUUCCAAGAUGCCUCGAGGGAAUCCAGGACCGAGUAGUCGAAGGCGGGAGGAGGAGGAUGAGGAAAUGGACUACACCAUGUCUCAGAGUACACAACAAACACAGUCACUAACACAAGCAAAGAGGGCAGCAGAUAGUUUACCAAAAGAAGUCAUCGCUCAAAAGGUGAGCGAUCUAGUACAGUACAUGAUGAUUAUGGAAGCAAAGAAGAACCCAGUAAAAAGAUCAGAUUUGAACAAGAAUGUACUAAAGGAACACAGGGCUAUUCUACCGGAAGUUCUGCGAAUGGCAAAGCUCAAAUUAGAUGAGAUAUUUGGAUAUGAACUGGUGGAAGCAGAACAAGGCGGAGGCAAGACGAAAACCAAGUGUUAUUUCUUACUCAAUACACUGAGUAAUGAUCUUACACAAGACCUUGUUAGGAAUGAUGAUGAAGUGAAGUUUGGACUGCUCUUCAUUAUCCUUGCCUUGAUAUUCAUGAAUGAAGGGACCAUGUCUGAUGGUCAAAUGUGGCUCCUUCUUGAAAAGCUUGGUCUCGAUCCAGAUAGGAAAGAUCACCCAGUCUAUGGAGAUGUAAGGAAACUGAUCACGCAGGACUUUACCAAACAACUGUACUUGGACUGCCAGAAGAUACCCAAUACCGAGCCUAUUGAAUGCGAGUACAGGUGGGGUCUGAGAGCCCAGAAAGAGAUGGAUAAAGAGAAAGUCCUGAACCUCGUAGCUAAGAUCAUGAAGGAAAACAACCCCAGCAUCUGGAAGACACAGUAUAGGGAGGUCCUCAUCUCCAAGGGUCUGGACCCAGACAAAGCGGUUGAGAACGAAGAGGAGCGCAGCGAUGAUGAUAUGGAUGAUGACUAGGAGAGCAGACGAUAGGUCAGCCAUCGAUGAUGAAAAAUUGUGCAGCUUUUAAAUGCGACGUUCACCCUUAAACACCUUUAUCCUUCUGCAAUAUUCUCACAACUACACAGCAAAAUGUAGGGUCUGGUGUUUGUUGAGUUUUGGCUCUUCCAUUGUUUUAGCAAAGGAGAGAAAAGGGGCAGAGAAUCGAGCUCACAUUGUUGAGACUGUGAAACCUGUAUAAUUAUGAAGACCACUCUGGAGGGACAAGAAAAGUGGUCUUUAUAAGCAGGGGUCUUUAUGUACAGGUUCCUUCAGAACACAAUUCAAUGAGAAAGACUAGUGAAGGGAACCAGAAAAAGUGGUCUUUAUAUACAGGUGAUUGCUAUGAGGUUUGACUUCAUAACACUGGCUGAUUAUCUUUGCAGAAAACCUUUUCUGUAUGAAUUGCCUGUUGUCAAAAUGAAUUGUGUGCAAUUUUCUCAUUUUUAGAGGUUGAUUGGUUACCCUUCAAAUACCAUCAAAAUGGGAUCCAAUUGCCUUUAGAACUGGAUAUAAUCAUCCAAUCAUGCAGCUGAUUUUGAAAUGCUCUGUAAAGUAAUCAUAGAUGGGGGGAAAGUAGCAUGUAUGUAGGAACCGUUGUAUAUUUUCUUCUUUUUUACAUGUUUUUGGAAGUACCCCAUCUACUGGUGAACCCAUGUAGAAUGGACUACUCAGUAUACAAUAGCUAUGUCUAACCUUCAUGUCAUGUUGUCUUUGUAAAGCCAGAAGGGUGUUUAAAGAGAAGGUUGAGUUCUGGGGAGAGGUGAAAAAUUAUUUGUGAGCAUUUUCAUUAUUAUUAUGCAAGUGUAGAAGAACAUCAGAGAAAAAUGUUCCCUGCAAAGCAUUGCUCUUCAAAUACUUUCUAAAUAAGACAUGUAACAGCUUGAAAAUUGGGCCUCAUUUUUAUGCCACAUGUUUGUGUAGUCACAUAUACAUGUACAUUAUUCUGUGUACAGUGCUUGUUACUUUUACCAGGAUUAGGC